AUGCUGCGAUUAUUAUCCACUCCACAGCCCAACGACUCCGAGCACAGCAGUGAGCUGAGACACCACAGCUCUAGGCCGUACGGGGAAGUUCUACACCUUGUUAAACACGCAUGUAAAGUCAGCAACAUCAGCGGCACGGACGCAGAGGAUAGAUCCGAAUGGAGCGGUCGGUCUUGGGGCCCUCAUCUUUACAAGGAGGUUUCCCAGGUCAAACCAUGGUGCGGACCAAAGAGCUGGGAAAAAGCUGGAGUCAAGGGCCAAUUGGGCUGCCACGUUGUACAUCAACCGAACCAGGGGAUUCCGCCAGCUGCAUAUAUUUAUGCAUUCAAUAUAGAGGUCAUUGUCUUUAACAUGCCAGGAAACCCUCUACCUUUAACUGGUUAUGGCUAA